AUGCAACUUUUGCAGAGACUCCUCUCUCACUCCACAGACAUGUCGCACAAUAGCUGAAGUAAACCUGUCACCGCGGCUCAUCAUCCGAGCCUCCAGUAAGACACCGCCGGUGGGAUUUGACUCGCACAGCCUCUCCUCUGUCGCUCCGCUCGCAUCGGACCCUACGUUUUGAAAACGCCUGGAUAUGAAUUAUGAGCAUUUUCCUCACUAAUGAACUGGGCCAGUAAUGCAGGAGACCGCGGCGACUCUCUCAUCAGUGUUUCAAGAUGGCAGAUUUUCAUUGAGUUUUGAACAGAAAUCUCGCUUUAUUUUUUGCCAUGAAUAACAGAAACCCUUGCACCGAUGGCCCCUGUAUACGAAGGUAUGGCCUCGCAAGUGCAAGUGUUCUCCCCUCACACUCUCCAAUCAAGUGCCUUCUUUAGCGUGAAGAAACUGAAGGUGGAGCAGAGUUGUAACUGGGAUAUGACAGGGUACGGCACACACAGCAAAGUCUACAGCCACAACAGCAGCAAGAACUUGUCGGCCGCCAGUGGCCCUCUCGGCAUUAACAACUCCCUGCAAGUCACCAGCUCCACCCUGCCCUACGAGCAGGCACUCAUCUUCCCAGCCAGCGCGGGCCACAUUGUGGUCGCCUCAGCCAGCAGCACUUCGGGGGCCGUGGGGUCUCUGCUGGGCAGCGGGGGUGGAGGCAGCAGCAGCAGCAGCAGUGGUGGCGGCGGCGGCAGUGGUGUGGGUGGCGGGGUUGGCGUUCACAACCUGACGCGCCGCAGCACGGUCAGUCUCCUUGACACCUACCAGCGAUGCGGGCUUAAACGCAAAAGUGAGGAGCUUGACAACAACAGCAGUGUGCACAUCAUUGAGGAGCACGGCCCACCGAUGAUCCAGAACGGUGCAGCCAGUGGAGCCACGGUGGCUACGGUGGCCACCGCCACCUCCACCGCAACGUCCAAGAACAGCGGCUCCAACAGUGAGGGCGACUACCAGCUGGUGCAACAUGAGGUGCUCUGCUCCAUGACCAACACCUACGAAGUGCUGGAGUUCUUGGGGCGAGGAACCUUUGGACAGGUGGUUAAGUGCUGGAAGAGGGGCACCAACGAGAUUGUGGCGAUCAAGAUCUUGAAAAACCACCCAUCGUAUGCACGGCAGGGUCAGAUCGAGGUCAGCAUCCUGGCGCGCCUCAGCACGGAGAGCGCAGAUGACUUCAACUUUGUGAGGGCCUACGAGUGCUUCCAGCACAAGAACCACACGUGCCUGGUAUUUGAGAUGCUGGAGCAGAACCUGUACGACUUCCUCAAGCAGAACAAGUUCAGCCCUCUGCCGCUCAAAUACAUCAGACCCGUGCUACAGCAGGUGGCCACAGCGCUAAUGAAACUGAAGAGCCUGGGGCUGAUCCACGCUGACCUGAAGCCAGAGAACAUCAUGCUUGUGGACCCGUCUCGACAGCCCUACAGGGUCAAAGUCAUUGACUUUGGCUCAGCCAGCCAUGUGUCAAAAGCAGUCUGCUCCACUUAUCUACAGUCCAGAUACUACAGGGCUCCGGAGAUCAUCCUGGGCCUGCCGUUCUGCGAGGCCAUAGACAUGUGGUCCCUGGGCUGUGUGAUAGCCGAGCUCUUCCUGGGAUGGCCCCUCUACCCGGGAGCCUCAGAGUACGAUCAGAUCCGGUACAUCUCACAGACUCAGGGUCUGCCUGCAGAGUAUCUGUUGAGUGCGGGAACAAAGACCACCAGGUUCUUCAACAGAGACACCGACUCCACCUAUCCUCUCUGGAGACUUAAGACUCCAGAGGACCACGAGGGUGAAACAGGGAUCAAGUCCAAGGAGGCUCGCAAGUACAUCUUCAACUGCUUGGAUGAUAUGGCGCAGGUAAACAUGACGUCCGAUCUGGAGGGGAGCGACAUGCUGGCAGAGAAGGCUGACAGGAGGGAGUUCAUCGACUUGUUAACCAAGAUGCUGACCAUUGACGCAGACAAGAGGAUCACCCCUAUCGAAACGCUCAACCACCCCUUUGUCACUAUGUCGCAUCUCCUCGAUUUCCCACACAGCACACAUGUCAAGUCGUGCUUCCAAAACAUGGAGAUCUGUAAGCGUCGUGUCAACAUGUACGACACAGUCAACCAGAGCAAGACGCCGUUCAUCACCCACGUGGCCCCCAGCACUUCCACCAACCUCACCAUGACUUUCAACAACCAGCUGAACACUGUGCACAGCCAGGCCACCAACCUGGUUCCCUCCUCCACCAACAAUGCCACCCUUUCCUUUACAAGUCCUGAUGUCUCCAUACUAAACUACCAAUCUGCACUCUACCAGCCCUCUGCUGCCUCCAUGGCAGCUGUGGCCCAGAGGAGCAUGCCCCUGCAGCCGGGGGCUCCUCAGCUCUGCGCUGCCCGGCCCGACCCCUUCCAGCAGGCGCUCAUCGUCUGCCAACCUGGCUUCCAAGGGCUGCAGGCGUCCCCUUCCAAGCAUACCAGUUACUCUGUGCGGAUGGAGAAUGCUGUUCCCAUAGUGACGCAGGCCCCUGGUGGCCAGCCUCUGCAGAUCCAACCUGGCCUGCUUACACAGCAGGCCUGGCCCAGCGGCACCCAGCAGAUCCUGCUUCCUCCAGCCUGGCAGCAGCUCACCCACACCUCAGUCCAGCAUGCCACUGUCAUCCCCGACUCCAUGAGCAGCACGCAGCCUCUUGCCAACUGGAGGAAUUCCCAUCCUCAUGGCAGCCAUUAUAAUCCCAUCAUGCAGCAGCCAGCCUUGUUGGCUGGACACGUUACGCUCCCAUCCAACCAGGCGCUUAAUGUGGGAGUGGCACACGUUAUGAGGCAGCCCUCAACCAAUAACAACUCCUCUUCCAAAAAGAACAAACAGCACCAGAUGUCUGCCAGGAACAUGUCAGCCUACGAGGUGUCGUCCUCUCAGGCGGUGCUGUCUCCGCAGCGCUCCAAGCGGGUGAAGGAGAACACGCCUCCACGUUGCGCUGUGCUACAGAACAGCUCGGCAACCAACUGCCCGCCCCCGCAGGGCUGCGUGGGCGGCGGGUGGGGGGCUAGCGAAGCAGAGCAGGCUUCCAGCACCACCCGCGACCAUCAGCACCAGCACCACGUCCCCAGACAGACCAUCAUCAUCCCCGACACGCCCAGCCCUGCAGUCAGCAUCAUCACCAUCAGCAGUGACACAGAUGAGGAAGAUGACCACAAACAAAACAACAGUUCAUCGUCAAAGCAGAGGAAGAAUGUCAUCAGUUGCGUGACGGUCCACGAUUCACCCGACUCCGACUGUUCCAGCAACAACAGCCCCUACAGUGUGGAGCCCAGACACCCGAACAACAACAGCUACGACACAAAGACCACCAUCCUGGACAACUACAACAACGGGAAUCCCCGCACCAUCAUCAUUCCCCCUCUUAAAACCCAGAGCAGUGAGGUCCCGAAUGAGUGUGAGCGCCUGAUGUCAGAUGCAAUGAAUUAUCAGAAUACAGCUUACAAGUUCAAAUCCUCCAAUGGAGUGGUGUCUGGCAAUAAUCACCUACAAGGGGGCGUGUCCUACCGACAGCAGCGAUCAGGGCCACACCCCCUCCAGCAGCAGCCUCUCAAUCUCAGCCAGGCCCAGCAGCACAUGGUAGCCGAGCGAAAUGGUCAUCGACGCCAGCAGGCCUACAUCACCCCAACCAUCGCCACUCAGGCCCCGUACUCCUUCCAUCACAAUAGCCCCUCUCACACGGGCAAUGUCCACCCGCACCUGGCUGCCACACACCUACCCAGCCAGCCCCACCUCUACACCUACACAGCCCCUGCUGCUCUGGGCUCCACCGGCACCGUGGCCCACCUGGUGGCGUCACAGGGCUCGGCGCGCCACCACGCAGUCCAGCACGGAAGCUACCCACCAAGCAUCGUCCACCAGGUCCCAGUCAGCAUGGGCCACCGCGUGCUGCCCUCACCCACCUUGCACCACAGCCAGUACCAGGCCCAGUUUGCCCACCAGGCCUACAUCAGCGCUUCACCCGCCUCCACUGUCUACACUGGAUACCCGCUGAGCCCCACUAAGGUCAACCAGUACCCUUACCUCUAGAGAAGACACUGACUGACACUGGAGAGCCUGAGCCAGCACUGCUGCUGCUGCUGCUGCCCCGAAACUCAACCGCCCUGAACACCGUCGACAUCCUAAAACAUCCUCUCCUCGACCUCAGACAUAGACAGAGACAGAGGAACAUGCAAUCCUCAUGAAACUGUCACGUAUAACUUGAAGAUAUAAUGACAGAGAGAGAAAGAAAAAAGAGAUUCACAGCCUCUCUAGAAGGGAAAGAUGGGGUUGAAUUUCAGAGGGGUACAGUUGAAGAUGUUUUUUUUUUUCAAUUAUUUUUUUUUUUCUUCUGAAAGGGCCAGUUUUUGCUUUUUUUCGUCUAUUCUUCACUUUAUGAGAAAAAGCAACGUCUCAUUAGUUUUACAGGGAAGUUUGAAACAGGCCUUUCGGGACAGUGGAGGUUCUCUGGUUGGUUUUCUUUUAUUUUCCCCUCUUAAAUUUGGGAAGUGACUGUUGAACAGGGGUUACUGACUGGAAGUUUGGAAUCCCAAGAGAUUUGGGGAGAAGGUGAAAUACGGAAACCUGCUGCUCUUCAAAGAAAAAAAAAUAUUGAUGGCCUUGAACUGUCUUAAUAUUUCCAAAUCAUUCAUGGUGUGGGGCGAACAGAGAGGCAACUCCCCACACUUCACCUUCUCCAGCCGAGGAGGCUUCUGGAAAUAUAACCAACAGAAGACAACAAACUUUUUAGUGUAUUUAUAGAUAUUUUUGUUCCUUUAUGUUUCACCUUUAUGAUGAUACUUCAGUUUUAGCUAGGUGUCUUAGCUGGGCCCCGUUCUUAGAAUGUAGCAGUCUGCACCUGUUUGUUUUAAGAAGAAAACCUUUUUUUUCCUGAUACCAAUAGAUUUAUUUGUUCCUCUUUUUUUCAAUGUGAUUGCACAAAGUGGUUAUUAUAACAUAGGCAUGUACAACGUGAUUGUCUGUGUGUGCUACUGUCAGCCAUGCGUGUGUAGUCCACCUCCUUAAAACUCUCUUCAGUCUUUAGGUUUUAACCAUUGUUCCCUCGUAGUGCCUUACAUAUACUAUAACGACAGUUUACUUGGCUUGGAUCCUGAAAGCCACAAGAGACUAUAGCUAUACUUAGAGACACGUUUCCCUGGUUUCACAUCCUAGUCGGGGCAGUUGUAGCUCUCUUCCAGGUGUAGGCUCAGCCCUUGAUGUAUCUUGUUCUUGAUGACAGCAUACUAUACAUGAUGAAGAUUAAUGUCAGAGUUGAUAUCACGCUGAGCUAUUUUAUUAUGCGUGCAUGAGAUAACUUGCCUGGGGUACUUACCAAAGUCAUAGAUAAAUUCUUGUUACAGUUUGCUCUGGAUAUUAAUGUAAAUAUGAAAAUGUACAGUAUAGCUGUAGCUGUAAACCUUUAUAUGACAGUGGCACCCUAAAUGUGGCUUUAGUUUGAAAUAUAUUUGUUUUUGUUUUUUUUAUAAUCACACGAGGGAAUUAAUGCAUCGUGAUUAGGGAGCAGAGCUAUCAGCUCAGUAUUCAUGUACAGGUAAAGAGUUACAGUACAAUGUGUGAGACACAGUAGAGGUUGUUUUUCAAGGUUUAAAGCUAGUCCGAGAGAAGGGCCUGACAGAAAGUAAUGGCUGCCGUGAGGGUGGUUCUGUGAGGCUAGGGAUAGCCGGGCAGCAGAGAAGAGGCAGAGUAUCGAGGGUUGUUUGAGAGAGAUUCUGUGUAGGCACGAGUGAGGGAGCUGUUUGAAAGCGCAGGGUCAGUUUAGGUAGGGACUGUGGAGGGCAGGGUGAAACGCUCUAUCUUAAAUGGGAUUAAAAUGGUAGCAAGUUGGCACUGAGCAGGUUGAUAGUAACACUGAGCCCGUGUGGUUGGUAGGAGCCGAAAGGUGGCGCUACCUUACCUGAAUGCACACUUAUAAUUCUGACAUGAAUCCUUUUGUUGUCGUCAUUUGUUGCUGGUGUCGUUGAUUUCUCCAGCGAAGAUAAUUGGAAGUUAUUUGUUGCGCUUGAGGUUUGAGGUAGCAUCUCAGAGCUGCAAGAACAGAACAGAAGGGAAAUGGCACAGCAUACACCUGGAAGGGCACCAUGUGGACCAUUUGUUGCCACUGUCCAUUUGUCUUCGAACCAGGUACACCACAGACAUCGCCACGCCAGCCGAAACGGGAUACCGGAACACUUAGAGAACCAAUAGGGCUUUGUGUGUUUUGCUGCUUGAUUUAAAGGACAUCUUUUUUCUUUUUUUUUCUUCUUGUAGCCAAUGAUACAAAUAAUCUCCUCCGUUCAUUUGUCCUCUUGAACGUAGGCACAUCAGUACUGCUGGUGGUUUUAGUGAAAGCCUUCCCCUCUCAUUCAUGGUAUGCCAUAGUACUUGCAUUUGAAGUGAUUUAUUAUUAUUUCUGUUUAACUUAACAUCAUCUUGAACUUUUUUUUUGACCUGGCUGUAGUACAUGUUGUGUUUAUUUUUUAGAGAUUGUUGCAAUAAUUCUUGUGGAUGUUUUAUCAGAGUGUGUGUGUGUGUGUGUGUGUGUGUGUGUGUGUAUUUUAAAAAAAAAAAAUCCCUUGACGGGCCCCAGAGUGGUUUGUCAUCCUGGUACUUUUUCCUGCCACAACUCUCCACUUCCCCGUCAGCUCCAGCAUGCAAGCCUAUGGUCCGGGUAGUUAAAGAUGUGAUUACAUAGUACGUUGCUGGUUACACCAUUCUUCUCUGUUCUGUUUUUGUCUUUUUUAUUUUAUUUGAUCUACUUAAUUUCCUCUAGGUCAUUGGGGCCUAAGCACACACGCAUAAGGGAGAUGAUUUUCCAUUGAAAUCUUUUGGCUUCUCUGUUAUGAGACAGACUACUGAAACAUUCCACUGUUUGAGGGAAUUUGGCGUUGCCCAUGCUACGCUGCUGUCCUGUCCCCUCUUCUGUCAGCAUGGGGAUAGCAUUGUCACACUAGGACUUUUUUUUUUUUCCGCUCUUCCCACCAAAGAAUUCAACAGAUGGAUCAUGUACAGUUCAGCACAGCACAGUACAGUACAGUACAAGCAAUCCCCCACAGCGUGGCUAGAGCAGACAGGCAAUAACUGUUCUCAUUUUGAAGUGCUUUUGAGGACAUGUUGUUUUUACCCCCAAGCAAAUGCAUGUGUGCAUAUGAUGUAGACAAGGAGGAUUUAACAUACUUAAUGCAUACGGCAGUCGUUAAUUUGUUUAGAAGCUGGAUGUUCAACUUUAAGAAGAGCUGCAGUCUGUUUUAAAAGCUUUUUUUGUUUUGCUUUCAUGACUCCUCACACUGUUGUUGUUGUUGUUGGGUUUUUUCUUUUGUACAUUGUUGAUGUUGUAGCUUUAUUGGUGUUGUAUGAAAAUGAAUUGAAUUUUACAUUAGCGUGCCAUGAAAUAGAAUUACCUGUAAAAAUGGAUUAAUCAAAAAUGUACCAACUAUACCUUUAAAACCAUGGUCACCCCGCACAAAAUGAAUGUAAUACAUGACCUGCGGCAUCUGAAAUGGCUUUAGAUCUUUCUCAGUGGGUGACCAUUUAAUUUCUACACCGUUUGUGGCCAUGCAUGAUGCAAUAAUUAUACAUCUGAUCUCCAGCAAAAUCCCAUAUGAGAGAAGUAAUGUAAAAUUACCACUAUCCUCAUGAUUAGGGGGAUAUCAAAUAAUCGCUAUACAUUCUCAAAUGAACAUCCAAUUAAGAGAAGCCCUGUAUGCGCAACAUUGUGGAAAAUGACUUGAUGUGUAUGAUUACCUUUGUCUAUUACUCUGUUUCACAUAGCCAAUGUUUUGUGUUUUAUAAAAAAGGGGAAGCAGAAAUGUGAGCAUUAACGUAGAUCGAGUGACCUUACAAUUACCAAAAUGUGCUUAAGUAGAGUGUUACAAUGUUUUGUGUUGUUAAGGUGAGCAUAGCCUUCCCAGCUAGCGACUUUACUGUUAGAGUACUGCCUUCCAAAUAACCAACGAUACCUCCAAAGGUUUAAGGUGACAUUUCAAUUAGCGAAAAACUGAAUAAGGCAGUGUCUCACUCUCUAUGAAGCCUGGCAUUCUCCUUUCAAAUACACUCACACUUCCAGCUUUGCUCAUGGUGUUACCGUGAAUACUCCUCCUCCUCCUCCUCUUCCUCCUCCUGGAGCUUUUGGAACCACUGAGAAACAUUCCUGAGACGCAUAAUGGCGCACAGUGCUACAUUAGUCUUCAGACAAACUCCUCUAAGGUGACUUGGAGAUCAGCGAGAAGUGAACAGACAACCUGCAACAUCAACCCGUUCAGUAUAAACCGUUCGGCAAAUGACGCAGCCGCCUCCCAAAGUACAGAGGGGUUAGGAGCAGGUGUUAGGUGGAUUCAUCUUUAGCUGAUGUACUCUCUGUCACCAGGGAAUUCAUAAUCUAGCUCCACAAGCAUUCUUAAAGCCUUUUUCGGAUGAGAGUGUAUGUUUUUGUUUGGUUUUUAACUUUUCAUUAAGGAGAUCUGCUCCUUUUGCUGGCUAUUCCUUGGGGGAAUUCAGGGUGAGGUGGUCAAGGUUUGAUGCCAUCACUGAUAGAGGGUGUCAGGUGAUUACAAUGUAUGUAUUUAAGAACCAAAACUGAUUGAAAUACGAUUGUUUUCCUACUAUCUUGAUGUAUAUUCUAAUUUGUGUAAAACCAGGCUAGGAUAUAGCGUAAUUUCUACAUUAAAUCCCCCUAAUUGCGUUGUUGUUAGACCUUUGGUCCUACUUUCUACACUGAAAAUGUAGCUUUUUUUCCCAUUUUACUUUUCGAGACAUUUCUAGCCAAAGAUAGUUAUUUUUGUGGUGUUAAUAAAUGGAAUCUAGAAGUGGUAGAACAAAGCUACAUUCAAAGUCAGAUUUGUAUGUUUACACUACAAAAAUAUGCAUCUAAAGCUAGCGGUCAUCUCAAAGUCACGAUCCCUUUUAGUACAUUCUCAAAAUUGUCAAUUAGAGAAGCUCAAUUUCUGAAAUAGCUACUUGCACAAGAAUAUUCAUGCAAGUGGGUUAUCGGUUUAUUUACAUUUUCUAAAGACCUAAGAGUGCAUCAAACCCUGACCCCCUUUUGUGUCCAUUGCUGUAUGGUUUCUCAACGGUGUAAAAUCUCAUUCGUUGUCGAUAAAGCUAAUGUGUGCUGCAGUAUUUCCUAGUAUACUUCUCUGUUAAUUGUCUUUUCUUAUUUACUUUUGUUUAUUGGGGUGUGAUGUCACAUUAUUUCAAUCUGUUGAUGUUAGCGUUCUAUGUAUACCCUGUUCCUUAGCCUAAUAUUAUUAAGUAUGUUAUGAGAAUGGAUAUUUUACUGGCUUUAUAGAAUGUUUAAAUAACUAUAAUAAUGACAAUAAGAAGAAGGAUUAAUUAAACCUCCUAACAAGGUGAGAACUUGCUACUAAGCGCUUGUGUUACCAUUAUGAUGUUGUGUGCUUCUCUUAAUCAUUUUCGUUGUAGAAAAAUGGAGUGAAUUUAUAUUAGGCUUCGAAAAAAAACUAAUGAUAGCAUUGUACAUUUUACAGGAGGAUUUUAACAGACAAACAGCUUCGUCAAAUAGAAGAAUAUAGUUAUUUUAAUUGUCCUCUUUACUAACUGUAGGGUGAGAAGGGGCUCGCGUUGUGGUGAACUAUGUUAUAGCUUGUUAUUCACUGUUACUUUUGAUCAUUUUUUCGGUCUCCGAGGUGAAUCGAGUUAUUAAUGAGAAUUUGUAUGCUCACAUAUGCAUAUUGUAUAUGUGUAGAAAUGUAAUCACACUUUGUCUUGGAUUUACAUUAAACUGUUAAGUCACGG